AUCCCUGGGCAUUGUCCCGCCUGCUAGAGCCUCUGGUCUCUACCCCCUCUUCACCUGUAGUAAAACAGUCACUAGUUUGGUUGCUCUCCCUAAUACCUCUGGUCGCUGGGAGCUGUGAUCUCACCAAGACCCUGCCAGGAAAAGCCCCAGAAAAGGGGGAGGGAGGGAGAGCCAGAGGCUGCCGCUGCAGUUUGCAAGAACCGCAGGGGAGAAGGACGCUGCCACCCACAGCCUUCAGAGCUCACUGCAGCUGGGACAGCCAGGAGCGGGGUUAGUCAGCAGCUCCACGAGCGGCUGCCCAGGUCCUGGGGUGGUGGCAGCCAGCGGGAGCAGGAGAGGAAGCAUGUUCCCACGCUGCCCACGCCUCUGGGUCCUGGUGGUCUUGGGCACCAGCUGGGUAGGCUGGGGGAGACAAGGGACAGAAGCAGUACAGCUAAGGCAGUUCUACGUGGCUGCUCAGGGCAUCAGUUGGAGCUACCGACCUGAGUCCACAAACUCAAGUUUGAAUCUUUCUGCAACUUCCUUUAAGAAAAUUGUCUACAGAGAGUAUGAACCAUACUUUAAGAAAGAAAAACCACAAUCUAGCAUUUCAGGACUUCUUGGGCCUACUUUAUAUGCUGAAGUCGGAGACACCAUAAAAGUUCACUUUAAGAAUAAGGCAGAUAAGCCGUUAAGCAUCCAUCCUCAAGGAAUUAGGUACAGUAAAUUAUCAGAAGGUGCUUCUUACCUUGACCACACAUUCCCUGUGGAGAAGAUGGAUGAUGCUGUGGCUCCAGGCCGAGAAUACACCUAUGAAUGGAGUAUCAGUGAGGACAGUGGGCCCACCGAUGAUGACCCUCCAUGCCUCACACACAUCUAUUACUCCCAUGAAAAUCUGAUUGAGGACUUCAACUCUGGGCUGAUUGGGCCCUUGCUUAUCUGUAAAAAAGGGAUCCUAACUGAGGAUGGGAAACAGAAGACGUUCGACAAGCAAAUCGUGCUACUGUUUGCUGUGUUUGAUGAAAGCAAGAGCUGGAGCCAGUCAUCAUCCCUAAUGUACACAGUCAAUGGAUACGUGAAUGGGACAAUGCCAGAUAUAACAGUUUGUGCCCAUGACCACAUCAGCUGGCAUCUGCUGGGAAUGAGCUCGGGGCCAGAAUUGUUCUCCAUUCAUUUCAACGGCCAGGUCCUGGAGCAGAACCAUCAUAAGGUCUCAGCCAUCACCCUUGUCAGUGCUACAUCCACUACUGCAAAUAUGACCGUGGGCCCAGAGGGAAAGUGGAUCAUAUCUUCUCUCACCCCAAAACAUUUGCAAGCUGGGAUGCAGGCUUACAUUGACAUUAAAAACUGCCCAAAGAAAACCAGGAAUCCUAAGAAAAUAACUCGUGAGCAGAGGCGGCACAUGAAAAGGUGGGAAUACUUCAUUGCUGCAGAGGAAGUCAUUUGGGACUAUGCACCUGUAAUACCAGUGAAUAUGGACAAAAAAUACAGGUCUCAGCAUUUGGAUAAUUUCUCAAACCAAAUUGGAAAACUUUAUAAGAAAGUUAUGUACACACAGUACGAAGAUGAGUCCUUCACCAAACGUACAGUGAAUCCCAAUAUGAAAGAAGAUGGGAUUUUGGGUCCUAUUAUCAGAGCCCAGGUCAGAGACACACUCAAAAUCGUGUUCAAAAAUAUGGCCAGCCGCCCCUAUAGCAUUUACCCUCAUGGAGUGACCUUCUCACCUUAUGAAGAUGAAGUCAACUCUACUUUCACCUCAGGCAGGAACAAUACCAUGAUCAGAGCAGUUCAACCAGGGGAAACCUAUACUUAUAAGUGGAACAUCUUAGAGUUCGAUGAACCCACAGAAAACGAUGCCCAGUGCUUAACAAGACCAUACUACAGUGACGUGGACAUCAUGAGAGACAUUGCCUCUGGGCUAAUAGGACUACUUCUAAUCUGUAAGAGCAGAUCCCUGGACAGGCGAGGAAUACAGAGGGCAGCAGACAUCGAACAGCAGGCUGUGUUUGCUGUGUUUGAUGAGAACAAAAGUUGGUACCUUGAGGACAACAUCAACAAGUUUUGUGAAAAUCCUGAUGAGGUGAAACGUGAUGACCCCAAGUUUUAUGAAUCAAACAUCAUGAGCACUAUCAAUGGCUAUGUGCCCGAGAGCAUAACUACUCUCGGAUUCUGCUUUGAUGACACUGUCCAGUGGCACUUCUGUAGUGUGGGGACCCAGAAUGAAAUUUUGACCAUCCACUUCACUGGGCACUCGUUCAUCUAUGGAAAGAGGCAUGAGGACACCUUGACCCUCUUCCCCAUGCGUGGAGAAUCUGUGACGGUCACAAUGGAUAAUGUUGGAACUUGGAUGUUAACUUCCAUGAAUUCUAGUCCAAGAAGCAAAAAGCUGAGGCUGAAAUUCAGGGAUGUUAAAUGUAUUACAGAUGAUGAUGAAGACUCAUAUGAGAUUUUUGAACCUCCAGAAUCUACAGUCAUAGCUACACGGAAAAUGCAUGAUCGUUUAGAAACUGAAGAUGAAGAGAGUGACACUGACUAUGAUUACCAGAGCAGACUGGCUGCAGCAUUAGGAAUUAGGUCAUUCAGAAACUCAUCAUUGAAUCAGGAAGAAGAAGAGUACAAUCUUACUGCCCUAGUUCUGGAGAAUGGCACUGAAUUCAUUUCUUCGAACACAGAUAUAAUUGUUGGUUCAAAUUAUUCUUCCCCAAAUAAUAUUAGUAAGCUCACUGUCAAUAACUUUGCAGAACCUCAGAAAACCCCUUCUCAGCGACAAGCCAUCACAGCUGGUUCCCCACUGAGACACCUCACUGGCAAGAACUCAGUUCUCAAUUCUUCCACAGCAGAGCAUUCCAGCCCUUAUUCUGAAGACCCUAUAGAGGAUCCUCUACAGCCAGAUGUCACAGGGAUACAUCUACUUUCACUUGGUGCUAGAGAAUUCAAAAAUCAAGAACAUGCUAAACAUAAGGGACCCAAGGUAGAAAGAGACCAAGCAGCAAAGCACAGGUUCUCCCGGAUGAAAUUACUAGCACAUAAAGUUGGGAGACACCUAAGCCGAGACACUGGUUCUCCCUCCAGAGUGAGCCCCUGGGAGGACCUUCCUAGUGAUCUGUUACUCUUAAAACAAAAUAACUCAUCUAAGAUUUUGGUUGGGAGAUGGCAUUUGGCUUCUGAGAAAGGUAGCUAUGAAAUACUCCAAGAUACUGAUGAAGACACAGCUGUUAACAAUCGACUGAUCAGCCCCCAGAAUGCCUCACAUGCUUGGGGAGAAAGCACCCCUCUUGCCAACAAGUCUGGAAAGCAGAGUGGCCACCCAAAGUUUCCUAGAGUUAGACAUAAAUCUCUGCAAGUAAGACAGGAUGGAGGAAAGAGUGGACUAAAGAAAAGUCAGUUUCUCAUUAAGACACGAAAAAAGAAAAAAGAGAAGCGUACACACCAUGCUCCUUUAUCUCCGAGGACCUUUCACCCUCUAAGAAGUGAAGCCUACAACACAUUUUCAGAAAGAAGACUUAACCAUUCAUUGUUGCUUCAUAAAUCCAAUGAAACAUCUCUUCCCAAAGACCUCAAUCAGACAUUGCCCUCUAUGGAUUUUAGCUGGAUAGCCUCACUUCCUGACCAUAAUCAGAAUUCCUCAAAUGAUACUGGUCAGACAAGCUCUCCUCCAGGUCUUUAUCAGACAGUGCCCCCAGAGGAACACUAUGAAACAUUCCCCAUUCAAGACCCUGAUGAAAUGCACUCUACUUCAAACCCCAGUCACAGAUCCUCUGCUCCAGAGCUCAGUGAGAUGCUUGAGUAUGACCGAAUUCACAAGUCCUUCCCCACUGAUAUAAGUCAAAUGUCCCCUUCCUCAGAACGUGAAGUCUGGCAGACAGUCACCUCUCCAGACCUCAACCAGGUGACCCUCUCUCCACAACUCAGCCAAACAAACUUCUCGCCAGACCUCAGCCACACGACUCUCUCUCCAGAACUCAGUCAGACAAACCUUUCCCCAGCCCUCGGUCAGAUGCCCAUGUCCUCAGCCACACUUUCCAGAACUCAGUCAGACAAACUUUUCCCCAGCCCUCGGCCAGCUGAUGCUCAUGCUCAGACCAGCCAGACAACCCUUUCUCCAGACCUCAGUCCUAAGCAACUUUCUCCAGACCUCAGUCCUACUUCACUUUCCCCAGCCCUCGGUCAGAUGCCCAUGUCUCCAGACCUCAGCCAUACAACCCUUUCUCCAGACCUCAGUCAUACAAACCUCUCUCCAGACCUCAGCCAUACAACCCUUUCUCCAGACCUCAGUCAGACAAACCUUCCCUCAGCCCUCGGUCAGAUGUCCAUGUCUCCAGACCUCAGCCAGACAACCCUUACUACAGACCUCAGCCAUACAACCCUUUCUCCAGACCUCAGCCAGACAAACCUCUCUCCAGAACUCAGUCAUACAAACCUUUCCCCAGCCCUCAGUCAGAUGCCCCUUUCUCCAGACCUCAGCCAGGUGACUGUCUCUCCAGACAUCAGUGAGACCACCCUUCUCCCUGAUCUCAGCCAGAUAUCACCUCCUCCAGACCUUGAUCAGACAUUCUACCCUUCUGAAUCUAGUCAGUCAUUGCAUCUUCCAGAAUUUAAUGAGACUUUUCCUUAUCCAGACCUUGGUCAGAUGCCAUCUCCUUCACCUCCUACUCUCAAUGAUACUUUUCUAUCAAAGGAAUUUAAUCCACUGGUUAUAGUGGGCCUCAGUAAAGAUGGUACAGAUUACAUUGAGAUUAUUCCAAAGGAAGAGGUCCAGAGCAGUGAAGAUGACUAUGCUGAAAUUGAUUAUGUGCCCUAUGAUGACCCCUACAAAACUGAUGUUAGGACAAACAUCAACUCCUCCAGAAAUCCUGACAACAUUGCAGCAUGGUACCUCCUCCGCAGCAACAAUGGAAACAGAAGAAAUUAUUACAUUGCUGCUGAAGAAAUAUCCUGGGAUUAUUCAGAAUUUGUACAAAGGGAAACAGAUAUUGAAGACUCUGAUGAUAUUCCAGAAGACACCGUAUAUAAGAAAGUAGUUUUUCGAAAGUACCUCGACAGCACUUUUACCAAACGUGAUCCUCGAGGGGAGUACGAAGAGCAUCUCGGAAUUCUUGGUCCUAUUAUCAGAGCUGAAGUGGAUGAUGUUAUCCAAGUUCGUUUUAAAAAUUUAGCAUCCAGACCAUAUUCUCUACAUGCCCAUGGACUUUCCUAUGAAAAAUCAUCAGAGGGAAAGACUUACGAAGAUGACUCUCCUGAAUGGUUUAAGGAAGAUAAUGCUGUUCAGCCAAAUAGCACUUAUACCUACGUAUGGCAUGCCACUGAACGAUCAGGGCCAGAAAGUCCUGGCUCUGCCUGUCGGGCUUGGGCCUACUACUCAGCUGUGAACCCAGAAAAAGAUAUUCACUCAGGCUUGAUAGGUCCCCUCCUAAUCUGCCAAAAAGGAAUACUACAUAAGGACAGCAACAUGCCUGUGGAUAUGAGAGAAUUUGUCUUACUAUUUAUGACUUUUGAUGAAAAGAAGAGCUGGUACUAUGAAAAGAAGUCCCGAAGUUCUUGGAGACUCACAUCCUCAGAAGUGAAAAAAUCCCAUGAGUUUCACGCCAUUAAUGGGAUGAUCUACAGCUUGCCUGGCCUGAGAAUGUACGAGCAAGAGUGGGUGAGGUUACACCUGCUGAACAUAGGCGGCUCCCAAGACAUCCAUGUGGUUCACUUUCAUGGCCAGACCUUGCUGGAAAAUGGCAAUAAACAACACCAGUUAGGGGUCUGGGCCCUUCUGCCUGGUUCAUUUAAAACUCUUGAAAUGAAGGCAUCAAAACCUGGCUGGUGGCUCCUAAACACAGAGGUUGGAGAAAACCAGAGAGCAGGGAUGCAAACGCCAUUUCUUAUCAUGGACAGAGACUGUAAGAUGCCAAUGGGACUAAGCACUGGUAUCAUAUCUGAUUCACAGAUCAAGGCUUCAGAAUUUCUGGGUUACUGGGAGCCCAGAUUAGCAAGAUUAAACAAUGGUGGAUCUUAUAAUGCUUGGAGUGUAGAAAAACUUGCAGCAGAAUUGGCCUCUAAACCUUGGAUCCAGGUGGACAUGCAAAAGGAAGUCAUAAUCACAGGGAUCCAGACCCAAGGUGCCAAACACUACCUGAAGUCCUGCUAUACCACAGAGUUCUAUGUAGCCUACAGUUCCAACCAGAUCAACUGGCAGAUCUUCAAAGGGAACAGCACAAGGAAUGUGAUGUAUUUUAAUGGCAAUUCAGAUGCCUCUACAAUAAAAGAGAAUCAGUUUGACCCACCUAUUGUGGCUAGAUAUAUUAGGAUCUCUCCAACCCGAGCCUAUAACAGACCUACCCUUCGAUUGGAGUUGCAAGGUUGUGAGGUAAAUGGAUGUUCCACACCACUGGGUAUGGAAAAUGGAAAGAUAGGAAACAAGCAAAUCACAGCUUCUUCGUUUAAAAAAUCUUGGUGGGGAGAUUACUGGGAACCCUUCCGUGCCCGUUUGAAUGCCCAGGGACGUGUGAAUGCCUGGCAAGCCAAGGCAAACAACAACAAGCAGUGGCUAGAAAUUGAUCUACUCAAGAUCAAGAAGAUAACAGCAAUUACAACACAGGGCUGCAAGUCUCUGUCCUCUGAAAUGUAUGUAAAGAGCUAUACCAUCCACUACAGUGACCAGGGAGUGGAAUGGAAACCGUACAGGCUGAAAUCCUCCAUGGUGGACAAGAUUUUUGAAGGAAAUACUAAUACCAAAGGACAUGUGAAGAACUUUUUCAACCCCCCAAUUAUUUCCAGGUUUAUCCGUGUCAUUCCUAAAACAUGGAAUCAAAGUAUUGCACUUCGCCUGGAACUCUUUGGCUGUGAUGUUUACUAGAACUGAAUAUUCAAAAACCCCUGGAAGAGGGUCUUUAAGACCUCAAACCAUUUAGAAUGGGCAAUGUAUUUACACUGUGUUAAAUGUUAACAGUUUUCCACUAUUUCUCUUUUUUUCUAUUAGUGAAUAAAAUUUUAUACAAGAAGC